AUGGCUCGUAAUGAGGAGAAAGCACAAUCAAUGUUGUACCGGUUCAGAGAGGCUCAGGCAGCCGAGUUGGGUCUCGGUACAAGAGCAGACCGGAGGCCUCGUAUGGCUAGCGCGUGCAAGAGCUUAAGGGACUGUGAGCGCUGGAGAGGAGAAAUUCUGCGGGAGAUCAGCAGGAAAGUAUCAAAGAUUCAGGAUGCUGGCCUGACGGACUACGAAGUCCGUGAUUUGAACGAUGAGAUCAACAAGCUCAUGCGAGAAAAACGGCAUUGGGAGAACCAAAUUGUCGCGUUGGGUGGUGCAAAUUAUCGACGAAAUGUAGCCAUGUUAGAUGACGAUGGAAAGGAAGUGCCCGGUACAAAGGGAUAUAAAUACUUUGGACGCGCCAAAGACUUGCCUGGUGUUCGUGAAUUGUUCCAAAGUCGCAAAAAUGAAGAGGAGGAGGAAAACCAAGCCCUCGCUUUCUACAAGAAGUUCAUGAAUCAGGGGCCGGCCUAUUAUGGCGACCUUGAUGAAGAAGAUGGAAAGCUGCUGGAGUACGAACGGAAAGCCGAGGAGGAAGACUGGGAAGAAGCAUUCCUCGAUCUUCGCGAAAUACUUGAUCUUCCAUCUGACACACCAACACCUAAAAUUCCACGUCCAGACGCGGCAACACAUGCUACUUCAUCUGACUCUCAAAAUCAAUCCGCAGCGUCAUCGAAAAGAAAAGCUGCGUCUGAGGAUGUCGAUAUGGACACAAGUGGCGAUGAUACCAAGAAAGUCAAGACUGUCGUUGCUGCAAAGGGUACCCCUGCUGUUGAACCCUCAUCUGCCGCCGAGAUGUCACGGAUGCACGCCCAAGCCGCGGCGGCAUAUAUACCGUUCCUCGACGUCGAGCACCUACUUCCUCCCAAACUGCCGACGCACAGUGAAAUGGAAGGCGUCCUAUUGACUUUACGCAAGAAAGCCCUUGUUGACGAAUAUUUCGGCGAUGCUUCAUAA